UUUCAUAAACCCUAACAAACCCCUAAAUCUUUCCUUUCUCAAUUCUCUCCUUCGAAGCUUUUUUCUUGUGAGGUCAGAAAAGAAAAUGGGAAGUCAACAAGUAGCGAUUUCGUUUCUGACGAACUUGGCGAAGGCGGCGUUUGGGUUAGGUGUGGCGGCGACGGCACUAAACUCGUCGCUCUACACUGUUGAUGGUGGCGAGAGAGCUGUUUUGUUCGAUCGAUUCAGGGGAGUGUUGGAUCAGACCGUCGGCGAAGGGACUCAUUUCUUGAUCCCGUAUCUCCAGACGCCGCACAUAUACGAUAUUCGUACGAAACCUCACACUUUCUCCUCCAAAUCUGGUACUAAGGAUCUUCAGAUGGUUAAUCUCACCCUUCGUGUUCUCUUUCGCCCUGAGGUUUCGCGUCUCCCGUACAUUUUCCAAACAUUGGGUCUUGAAUACGAUGAGAAGGUUCUUCCAUCGAUUGGAAAUGAGGUCUUGAAAGCUGUGGUUGCUAAUUUCAAUGCUGAUCAGCUCCUCACUGAGCGUCCUCAAGUAUCAGCACUUGUUCGUGAUGCUCUUAUCAAGCGUGCCAGGGAAUUUAACAUUGAGCUCGACGACAUAGCCAUUACUCACUUAUCGUACGGUGCUGAGUUCUCGAGGGCAGUGGAGGCGAAGCAAGUGGCUCAGCAGGAAGCUGAAAGGUCAAAGUUUGUGGUGAUGAAGGCUGAUCAAGAGAGGAGAGCUGCGGUUAUAAGAGCAGAAGGUGAGAGUGAAGCUGCUCAGUUGAUAUCAGAUGCAACAGCUAAAGCAGGAAUGGGACUAAUUGAGCUUAGGAGGAUUGAAGCUUCAAGGGAGGUUGCGGCUACUCUGGCUAGGUCUCCGAACGUGGCUUACUUACCUGGUGGACAAAGCAUGCUCUUUAAUCUGAACCCUGGUCGUUGAGCUAUAACAUUGGUAUGCUCUUUUACUUCUUUGAAUAAUGAAUGAAAAAUGGAUUUGGACUUAAGAUUCCCAUUUAAAGGCAUUAAGGUUAUUCGGUUUGGUUGAACUAAGAGUGGUUAUGGUUUGGUAUAAACUGUUUGGUUUGAUAGUAGAGUAUGGUUUAGGUUUGUGGAAUGGUGUGGUUUACUUGUUUGGCCUUGUUGUAUUUGCAGGUGGGAAGAGGAGCUUCAGUGGAGACAAAACGACGGAGCUGUGAAGUUUAUUAACGUUGAUGCUCUUUUAUUUCUGAUGAACACGAUGUGAAAAAAGAUAAUUGUUUUGAGCCGUUCUAUCUUUUCUGACUCUAGAAGUAAAGACUAUGCCAUUGUUG